AGUAAAUUGGUUUGUUGGCUCUCUUAAAGAAAAGAAUGGACUGGUUUAGUUUCCAACGCACGUAACACGGUAGGACAGGCCUACAUUUCGCUUUCCUAUUGGCCAAUCUACGGAUUCCGCUGAUAAAACGCGUUUGUGAUUGGUCACUAUGGUAGUGGUUUACAGGCUCUCCUGUUCUAUUUCGUCUAUAUUUUGGCAGUCCUUAAAAGCAUUAAUAAACUCCAUCUGAAACAAACAACGUCUUAUUAGAUACCUUUAAUCCGUCGUGGUAUCAGACUACAGAUACAUGCCUGCAUUUCGGCGGGGUGGCGGCACCGUCGGCAGGACGUUUGAUGCCAGACAGAAAAUUGGAGUCGCCGAUAUCAGACAGAGGAUUGGUGGAAUUAGAGAUGCCCGCGAGAAGCUGGUCCAGAAGGACGCCCGCUUCCGCAUCAGAGGGAGGGGGGCAGGAGGGGCCGUGCAGGAUGCCAGGCAGAUGAUCAACUCUCGCAAGCAGCUGCAGCAGUCGCAGAGCGUAGCGCCGCUGCACUCGCAGUCGGCGCAGUCGCACGGCAACAGCAUUGGCGCCAACUCGCAUGCCACCCUCUCAGGCCUCGCUUCCCCGCAGGGGUUAACCAAUAGGGUGCUAGGGUUGGAGCAGGGGGCAGGACCUAAGAAGGUGGUGGAUGCACGGGAUAGGCUCAGCCUGAAGAGGAGUGUAGCUGUAGCCUUGCCAACGGUUGGGUCUCCUUUACCUAUCAAAAUUACAAAGACCAUCCAGCAAAAGCCGGUGGGCAUGACUAGCGGGGUCCGCAUCAACAUACCGAACCGGAACACCGAGUCUCCCUCGAGUGAGGAUGACCUCAUCCCCAGCAAGCACAGUUUCCUUCACACAAAGCCUGGAGCCAUUAGUACUCCCUUCUCCCUGUCCACCCCCAUCACCAAGGUUGUCCAGAAUGACACCUACACUGCGCCGGCCUCACCCGCCACACCCCCCAGAGCCGCUCCUGCCCAGCAGGGCACACGCACGGCCCCCGCUGCCGUGCAGCCCGUGUCGCGCACUCUCGUCACUGGCCAGGGUCAGCAGGGGGCCGCCAGUGGGGGCUCCGCUGCACCGCCGGCUGCUGCGCAACCUGCGUUCAGUCCUUUAGAAGGGACCAAGAUGACGGUGAACAACCUGCACCCCCGUGUUACGGAGGAGGACAUUGUGGAGCUGUUCUGCGUCUGCGGUGCCCUGAAGCGAGCCCGGCUCCUCAAGGUUGGCGUUGCUGAAGUGGUGUUUGUGCGCAAGGACGACGCCAUUAAUGCCUACAGGAAAUACAACAACCGCUGCCUGGAUGGCCAGCCAAUGAGGUGCAAUCUACAUAUACAGGGAAACGUGAUCACCUCAGACCAGCCAAUUCUGCUGAGACUAAGCGAUACUCCAGGAGGAGGUGGCCGGAAGGAAGGAGCUCGCGCCUCCCUCUCUCGCUCGGGCCGUAGCAACUCCUCUCAGCCCACACCGGAGGUGGAUCCCCAAACCAUCUUAAAGGCACUUUUCAAAUCCUCGCCUCAGGUGGCCCCAUCCAGCGAUGCCACUGGCGCGCAGUCCGCCGCCUACCGCGUCAAGAUCUGACGGAAUCCAUGGCUUCCAAUGCAAGACAGACACGCACGCACACAUAUACAUACACAAACAGACCAAUGAACAUGCAUGCAUCAUGUGACACUCGUGUGACCGUCCAUCACAGAAUGGAAAAGGAAAAAUCUCCGGUCUACAUACUUUGUACAUGUGCACUGCCUCACACACACUAAGCACAAAGAUACUAAUGCAUACAUACCCACUGAACAAAUAAGGGUGUGACAAGAGAACAGUUUCUACUAUUCUGCAAGGUUCAACUUACCUUUUUGAAUGUAAGUUGCUUUGAAUAAAAGCCAAAUGUAAUGCAGAACACGACCCCCUGAUACAACACAUCCAUUCAAAAAUGUAGGACUGGGUGACUUUAGACUUUGUACAACUCUUCAUCAGAAAGAGUAUCUCUGUAAGGUUUGUGUUUUUUUUUUUUCUCGUUUUGUUUUUUUAAGAAAUGCUGCAGACAUGGCUGAGGGAUAUUCUAAAUGGAAAUGUACGGUAUUACUGAAAUUUUUUUGAAACCACAAAACAACUAUUUGAAAAUGGCUGAUGACACAAUUUGCAGUCAUAUGCUUAUUCCCCAUGUUAGGUUCACUUGAGCGCGUUCCAAGUUGUUCAUAUUGAACAUCCACCUCUUCCAAACCAUACUACAACUCCAACCACACAUCAGGGACUUGAUGAAUAAAAUCUAACGGUAAAAACUUAUUUUUGUUUCUGAUGCUAUGAGUGUACUCUGAUCAUUUUUUUUAUCUACACAAAUAUUAAUUUGUACAAGUCUCUCAAUGCCCGUAAAUACAAUUCCUACCGUUGAUGCAGAAAUGAUCCAUCGUUCUCUGCCCCAUUCUCUUCCAUCGCUGUUAGUCGUCUGUUGUCUCUUCAGUGCCUCCUGCUGUGUCUCCAGGUUCGCAGGAGGGCUAACUGUUGCAGAGAAGCCAUUUAGCUUUAGCAUCAUGGGGGGGGGGGACCUCUCAGCAGCCUGGCAGUUAUUUUUCAGUUUCAAAUUUCCACAGGUAAAUUGUUUUUUUUUUUCUCUUUUGUUCCCUUUUGGUUACCGCUCUUACCCUCCAUAUGCUUAAUUAGUCCCUGAGCUGUUCUGUCCUUGUCAUUCAUGCUGAUGUGGUGCAGUCUGUACUGGUGAACCCAUAAUAAAUAUGUUGUAGAUUUUC